GAUUGCAGUGUUAUGAAAUUCGCCGAGCCAAACUGGUAUUAUGACCUGUUUCUCGCUCUGCCGCAGAAGGAAAUCGUCUCCCCCGAGGCACCAAGUAGACAUUGAAGGAGAGAUUUCAAGUAUUCAUAACACUAAGCUGUACAGCCACAAAGAACUCAGUAUUGCCACUGAUGAUUUUAGCCCAUCCAACAAAAUUGGCGCAGGAGGGUUUGGCACUGUCUACAAGGGGAGGUUGAGUGAUGGAACUUUAGCUGCGAUUAAGGUUCUUUCGGCCGAGUCAAGACAGGGUGUAAGGGAAUUCUUGACAGAGAUUGUGGUUAUCUCAGGUCUGGAGCAUGAAAAUCUGGUAAAGCUACAUGGUUGUUGUGUAGAAGGGGAACAUAGGAUAUUGGUCUAUGGCUAUCUUGAAAACAAUAGUCUAGCUCAAACUCUCACAGGAUCCAGAUCCAGUGGGAUUCAGUUUAGCUGGAGUGAGAGGACUAGAAUAUGCAUAGGGGUUGCCAGGGGACUUGCAUUCCUCCAUGAAGAAAUCCACCCUCACAUUAUUCACAGAGACAUCAAAGCAAGCAAUAUCCUUCUCGACAAAGAUCUUACCCCAAAGAUUUCAGACUUUGGCCUUGCCAAGCUUUUCCCGCACGAGCUUACUCAUAUCAGUACGCGCGUAGCAGGGACCCCGGGUUAUCUGGCUCCAGAGUAUGUAAUUCGCGGGCAAUUGACAAAGAAGGCUGACAUCUUUAGUUUUGGGGUUCUCCUCCUGGAAAUUGUUAGCGGAAGACCCAAUACUGACAAGAGACUACCACUCGAUGAUCAAUAUCUUCUAGAAAGGGCAUGGAAAAUCUAUCAAAGAGAUGAGCUGGUUGAGGUGGUUGAUCCAUUACUAGGAGCAAACUUCGAUUUAGAUGAAGCGUGUAGGGGAGAUGGAAGUGGAUGGCAUGAAAAUAUCAGAACCGGGUCUGUUGCCUGAACUUUUGGGUCUGAGGAAUAGGACGAGAAAAAACCUGGGAACCGUAUCUGCUGGGUCAGGGAAUGAUGAAGGCAAGUCUUCAACACUGACAGACAACACCGUCUGCACUACACAGGCAACAAUGACAUUCACCUCCAUAUCUGAUAGGAGUACUUGAAGAAAUAUAAUUGCAUGACAAUC